AUGAAACACUUAUCAAAGAAUGACACUCUGAACAGAUGGAAAUCAAGAGACAGAAGGCUAAAGAGGAAGACCCAAUUUGUGGAGUUUCUGACAACUCUUCAUUUGAAGCAAAAUCUGCCUUUGGAAUUGGCUCCAAUAGCAGCGAUGCGUUUAAAAUUAUGACUAAAGGUAUAUUAUCUAAGCCUUCCAGCUGUUUGUAGAAUCAUAAGCAAUAUAGAUCAAAGAAAGCAUCCCAAGAAAUCGAAAUUUAUCAUUAGAACCCAAAAGAAUCACUAAAAGAGUUCAGAAAGAGAUAACUAGUUCUGAAUAAUGAACAUGCGCUGGAAAUGAGAAACAGGGAGAGUCCCUAGCUUGAUCCAAAUUGAAAAGUUACAAAAACCAAGAGAAGUGGGAAUGUCUACUGCCUUGUUCUUUUAGAUGCCACUAGUCAAGA